GAGCGCUGGAGCUCGAGAGGAUUCCCUUGCCGCUGCCGCAAUCUCACGUGUGCUCCUCCCCCCCCCCCCCCAACCAGGCGGAGGAUGCGUGGAGGGUUCUGACUCUGGAGUUCCCCGUCGAACAUCCAACUACCAUGCAACAUACAGUUCAGGUGUGGUUUGGAGAUGAUUUACCUAUUAGUCCACGCAGUCCAUUGACUCCAAGGCAUGGCCCUGGCCUGGCUGAUGUUUUACUGUAUGACCAAUGGAUAUCUGUCCGACAUGAGGCAACUUUGAUUCCUAUGCAAGAGGAUCUGGCUAUCUGGCUAUCUGGCUUAUUGGGUAUUGAACUUAAAGCAGAGCAUUUAUUGGAAGAACUUGAUAACGGGGUACUGCUGUGCAUUUUGAUUGGAAUCAUUCAGAACAUAGUUAAAAGUAACUCAAAUGAUUUAAAAAAUUUCCCUUUGAGAAAAGUCCCCUGUAAAAAAGAUGCUCCUUCAGGAUCUUUCUUUGCCAGAGAUAACACAGCAAACUUUUUGAAUUGGUGUAGGUGCAUUGGCGUGGAUGAGACUUAUCUUUUUGAAUCCGAAGGCUUAGUUCUGCAUAAAGACCCAAGACAAGUGUACCUUUGCUUACUGGAAAUUGGUCGCAUUGUAUCAAGACAUGGAGUUGAACCACCAGUAUUAGUAAAGUUAGAGAAGGAAAUUGAAUUGGAAGAAACUUUGUUGAUGUCCUCUGAUAGUGUAGCCCCUAUAGUUUCCUACAAAUCGUGCUGUCAGCAUGGAGAAUUACAUGAAGCAGUUAAGCAUAUUGCUGAAGAUCCUCCUUGUAGCUGCUCGCAUAGAUUUUCAAUUGAGUAUUUGUCUGAAGGGCGCUAUAGAUUGGGAGACAAAAUACUAUUCAUUCGAAUGUUACAUGGCAAACAUGUAAUGGUACGUGUUGGUGGAGGCUGGGAUACUCUUCAAGGUUUUCUUCUCAAAUAUGAUCCUUGCCGAAUGCUUCAGUUUGCAACGUUGGAACAAAAGAUUUUGUCAUUUCAAAAAGGUGCAUCUGGUGAUACGGUUUCUGAUUCAUCUGCUAAACCUCCACAGCCUCCACCCAUGAAUCCCAUAUCUGCCAUUGAUGCUUACCAUAAACAAAGUUCAAAGCACUCUGCUAUGGUUUCUGUUUCAAAAACUCCUCAGGUAGGUAAUAGGAAACAGGCAGUAUGUAAGUCGUCUCAACCAACAGUUCUUUCUUCUUCAGAAGCAGCAAAGCAUUCCUUACCUACAGACCAGUUGACACGAAACCAGCCCAAAUUAAAAGAUUCAUCAGUAAAUAACGUUCAGCCAUUUCCCAAAGCAUCAAAACCGGUUUCCAAAAAGCCAGCACCACCUUCUCAUAACCCUACAUCUGUUUCAAAAUAUAGACAAACUGUAAAUAAAUGCUCAUCAUCAGCUCAGGGGAGAACUGCUUUAACACCAUCAGCAUCUCUUCAGAAAUGUACUGCAUCAUCUACCAAGCCUACAUGUUCCCAAAACUUUCCAACUGUACAACAUUCUGCUCUAGGUUGUUCAAACAAUAAACUUUCCAGGUUGCCUGAAACGACUACAAGAGAAGGCUGUCUAGAAGAACAUGAUUCUCCUGAUAGUGCAGCUGGGCUCAAAAAUGUAGCCAAAUGUAGGCCUCUUUCAAAAACCUCAGCAAAAUCAGCAAAGACAAUUAACAGAAAUUUACAUGUGUCUAAGCCAUCUUGCCCUCAAACAUCAUCUACAAUGCCUACAAAAAUAAUUUCCCAAAAUAGUAGUCAAACAUUACCCACACAGUUUUACUCGCACAGAGGUAAAUUGGAAACUAAGCAAACCAAACAGAAAACUGCUCUUAGCCCCAAACAGCUGAGUUCUAAUUCCUCUCUUACAAAUGAUAAAACAACUGAGCAGACAUCUACACUAGAUGUAAAGAGUAAAAAUUCAUUUUCAUCUGUUAAUAAUUAUUCUUCUGCCAAGAAGAGACCAGUUCAAACUAGUAGGAUGAAAAUACAGAGAACAGCUGAUGCAACAACACAUUCUGAUCGUAUGCCCUUAUCUAUUGUGCGUCUUCCUCAAACAUCGACCAUAAACGGGACAAGGAAAAAGACAGUAAAGGCUAACGUCAAAAGUCAGGCACAGGUCAAAGUCUCCCAGAAGAAUGAUAAAGACCUGGAUUCAACCACUAAAGAUCCCAUUUUAAAAGGAAAAGCUGCAACUGUUCUAACUAAAGGGACACAGAUUAGGUUAAAGGAUGCCGUAGUAAAGUCAAAACAGGAUGAUAAUUACUUUGUUGUGACUGGGAAUAAGAAACUAAGAAAGUAAAGUACCAAGAAUUUUAAUUGAUUAUUGCAACAUGUUUUUCUAAUAGCCACCUUAUACUUGGGACCUUAACAUUAAAUAACAAUACAAUAAUUUGAAUGCUAACUGCCUUGGAACAGGAGAGUUUAAAAGGUUUCCUAGUCCCCACAAGUGCAAUAGUUGAUUGAUUACAAAUAGGCACUUUAUCACAAUCUUUAAUUAUAAAUGUUUUAGGAUCUAUUUCUCACAUUGAUAUUAAAAUGAUAAGGAUGCUCCUAAUAGGCUAUUUAUUGCUCAGUUUCAUGUGGCAAAUAUUUCUUAAUGAAUUGUAAGGUGAUGUUUACCAUCUCCAAGGAGAAAUACAGCAUAGCAAAUUGGCUGUAGUAUUAGUUACAUCUCCCAGAAAAAAAAUGAUAUCUUCUGAUAAUACAGUCAUUUGUUGACUGAUGAAUCUUUGUUUUUGGUAAGGGCUUUGGUCAAACAUCAGCAUGAGAAUUGGUAUUUACUACUGUUGUGUGUGCAUACUACUAAGUAGAAAAGCAAUUGUCAAAUAUCCUUGAGUUAAGAAUAACUCCAAAUAAAUAUCUAUAAUGCUAAAUUUUAUUUAACCUUUCAGUGCACAGAGAACACUAAGAACAUUUUACAAGAGUUCUUGGCUUUAGGGACAAUAAUUUUAGUGCCUUCACAGAUUAUGUGCUUUGUUAGUUGUUUUACAGGAAAGACUGAAAAAUGGCUCAAAUGUGUAUUCUAAUUAUUAUGGGUUGUGUUCAGGGCUACUAUUACCAACUGCACUUAUAUGAACAAAAUUAUGCAUUCAAUUAUAAUUUAAUGAUGAUACUGGCACUGUGUAUGUUUAUGUUUUAUGUUUGCUUUUCUGAAAUGACUAAUAUUUAUGCCAGCACAGUGCUUCACUCUUAAAAUGUGACAGACAAUCUUUCUAUAGAAGAAGAGCACCCAGUUUAUUUCUAGGAAAUUACUUGUCUUUAGAAAGUGAGAGAAUAGCUUCAAAAAUGGGUUAUAUUCAUAAGCACAACUGAAAACCUUUCAAAUAAGCUGCCUUUGGAAUUUUUAUAUUUAUGUUUCACACUAUUUCAUUUUUAGCUGUAGAAUAUAUUCCUUAUUUCAUUAAUCAUUUUACUUAUAAUAUAAAUAACUAACAUUGAAGGAAAAGUACUUUUUUAGUUUUAGGUUUGCAUUCAAUAUUGUGUAUUCUCUGACAGGUAUACACUAUGUAUGUGUGUAUACUGCUGUUAAGCACAGUUGCACUUGUGGGGUUUCGAAGCAAGUUUUAAAACAAAUUUGUGUUCCCCUCCCCUAAGAAGUAAGAAAAACUUCUUAAUUUCACUGUGGGUUAAAAUGCUACUUGGCUCAGUGCUAGUAGUUGAAACUCAAAUUAAAAUUGUUAUUGUAUGAAAAUGUUUUCCUCCCUACGCCUCCACAAAAAAUUGUGAAUUGGUUGUGGCCAGAGUUGAAAAAAUUAAUUAAGCAAACUUCCUGGCUCUUCUCUAGUUGCAUUUUCAAAAUAGAUUGUGUCUGGUUCCUUGAGAUUCAUAUGGACAAGUGUUACAUUUUUUUAGUAUAUAUUCUUAUUUUAGAGGAAAACAUGCAGGCAGAUAUUCUUAGGCAAUAUAAAAUUUAUAUCCAUAUUUCCAGACUUGCUUAUACACACAGAUAUCCUCAGAUACAAUCCUCAGACUACUCUGAGAUUGUAAUUUUAUAGCUACUUACCUGAAAGCAACCAUAUUAAAAAAUGGCAUUUCAGUGCCCAUGCUGCAUAUGUCUUUUGGAUAUAGGAUAGCGUUACAUACAAAAAUAAUUUGUAUCUAAUACAAGGAUUUCGAAAUAUUCAUUUUUGCACUUCAACAAUGUAUGGAUUUGGGAAAAAAGUGUCUCAAAUUAUAACAAGUUAUAACAAGAAAAGUAUAUCAACACAUUUUUGCUUUCAGUUAAGGUUAACAUAUGUGCUAGUUGUUUCUGACUCUAGGGGGCGGUGCUCAUCUCCGUUUCAAAGCCGAAGAGCCAGCACUGUCUGAAGACGUCUCCUUGGUCAUGUGGCCGGCAUGACUAAAGGCGCACGGAACACUGUUACCUUCCCACCAAAGGUGGUCCCUAUUUUUCUACUUGCAUUUUUUAUGUGCUUUCGAACUGCUAGGUUGGCAGAAGCUGGGACAAGUAAUGGGAACUCACCCCAUUACGCGGCACUAGGGAUUCGAACUGCUGAACUGACAACCUUUCGAUCGACAAGCUCAGCGUCUUAGCCACUGAGCCACGGCGUUAAGGUUUAUGUUUGAACAAUUUCAAAACUGGUUACAGUUGGUCCCUGUAUUCUUAAAACAGAGAAGACACUAUCCUGAUUUCUUUCUCUGCCCUCCCAAUGCUAAAUAUAAAAAAAUCCUAGAUAUGGGGUUGUAGAAUUAUUGUGUUUACUAAAUAAGCAUUGAAAAGCUAUAGCAGAAUUAAGUGAAACAGCUAUAUGGCUUCAAUUGGGAACUAAACAUUUGAUUUUAGAAACUAUGCAUGUUUCCAUGGAAGUGUACAGGUUGUGGUGGACUUAACAACUACAAUUGGGACCAGAACUUCCACCACGAUGCAGUUAAAUAAGUCAUGACAUGACCUCGACCAACUUUACAAUCUUUUUUGCCAUGGUUGUUAAGCAAAUUUAACUUUCCUCACCAACCUUACUUGUUGGAAUCCAACUGGGAAGGUUGCAAAUGGUGAUCACAUGACCUUGGGUUACUGAAACUAUCGUAAAUACAUGUUGGUUGCCAAGUGCCCAAAUCAUGAUCAUGUGACUGCAGGGACUGUGACAGUCUCAUAAGUAUGAGGACUGGUUGUAAGACACUUCUUUUCAGCACCGUCAUAACUUCAAAUGGUCAUAAGUCAAGGACUACCUGUAGUUCAAGGUUAAAGUUUGAACUGAAGAAUUCGGAAAACAACAAAAACAGUCUGCAUUCCUGAUAAAGCUAUUGCCAUAAUAAAGGAAUAAAUUGUUUAUGAUGUUAGAAACACAUUACCUUUUCUAAUUAAAAAUAUAUUUGAUUUAA